GUCAAUAAUAAUACUCAAUAUCUAUAAAUAUACAUCUCUUUCAUUCUUCCCUUCCCCAACCAACUAACUCAUUUAUUUCUCUUUUCUAUCAGUAUCCAUUUGCCCAAAUUGCUUUUCUUUGCAUCUGAAAUUUCGAUUCACCAUGGAUGAAGCAAAGGUUGUUGAAGCUAAGGAGGGAACUAUCUCUGUAGCCACUGCAUUUGCUGGUCACCAAGAAGCUGUACGGGAUAGAGACCACAAAUUCUUGACACAAGCAGUUGAAGAAGCUUAUAAAGGUGUAGAAAGUGGAGAUGGAGGCCCAUUUGGUGCAGUUGUUGUUUGUAAUGAUGAAGUAGUUGUUAGCUGCCACAACAUGGUUCAUAAGCAUACUGACCCUACAGCUCAUGCAGAGGUUACAGCAAUACGAGAGGCAUGUAAGAAGCUCAAUCGAAUUGAGCUUGCAGAUUGUGAGAUAUAUGCUUCUUGUGAGCCCUGUCCGAUGUGCUUUGGUGCUAUCCAUCUAUCACGCAUCAAGAGGUUGGUGUAUGGAGCCAAAGCUGAAGCUGCAAUUGCUAUUGGCUUUGAUGAUUUCAUUGCCGAUGCUCUCAGAGGGACUGGAUUUUAUCAGAAAGCUCAGUUAGAGAUCAAGCAGGCUGAUGGUAAGGGAGCCCUUAUAGCCGAGCAAGUAUUUGAGAAGACCAAAGAGAAGUUCCCCAUCUAUUGAGAGAAGAAGCAAAUCAUAAGGGGGAAGAAAACUACAGCUAUCUGAUUUCAUUACUGAUCCUGAUGUUGAUAAACUAAUUAUGCUUUCUCUGAAUAAUAUUUCGAAGACACAUUUUCUCAAAUUGUACGUAUCUAUUGAACUGAACACGUGGAAACCAGUCGAGCGGACAAACCUCUUAUUUUUAGUAAAUAAUAAUUCUUCAAGAA